GUACAAUUUGCAGAAUGCGUAGCGUGACCGUAAUUCCAUGAUCAAUUUUUGGUCGCGUCCAAGCGCGAAUUUUUUGUUCCUCUUAAACGCGGUCGAAUGCUGAUACCUAAUCAACGAAAGGUUUCGAGAGCAGUGUACCUGAUCUUCACAAAAAAAUAUGGACUCCACAUUCAGCCUGAUGCCUCUCGCUACUUGGAGGAAUUGCUUCGGGAAGAGGCAAAUGUCAAUGAUUCUCUUGAAAAGAUCGUGAAAAUGUACCAAAAGCGUAAUGAAGGCAUGUAUACUCACCAAUAAUGACAUGCUUCUGUAAUUCAGCUUAGCUGAUUCUAAUAAUGCUACCGAACUGAAGGAGUGAAUGGGAUUAUCGUUGACAAAGCAAGCAUUCAGGAUGUUGUAAAUAUGAUACAAGCCGCCACCGCUGCUGCUUCAAGCUCCACCCCUUUUAGUCAACCGGACGAAACUUUGAAAGAAAACUUGAGCCAGAUGACCUUGGAUGAUGAAAUAGAGAAUAUUGAUGUUUCACAAUAUCUGGAAGUGGUAGAUGCUUUCUCUAUGCCUUCGAUGCAGUAUGACUAUCACCGCAAAGGUUUUGUACAGUCUUCAGAAAAACCAUCUUUGCUUUCAACUUCCGAUGCAAAAGGAGACAUAUACCGAGAUCGCUUCAAUCUUAUCCGACAACGAGUCUUGCGCAAUGACAGCUUUCUGCCACCAUCACUUCAAAUUAUAGAUAGUGACUCCUAUCUCAAGAUAACUCCCAUCAAAUCACUCAUAGGGCAUGAUAAUGAACAGUUCCUACUUCUUGGCAUGUUGACUCAAAUCGAGGAAGGGAAGGUGUAUUUGGAGGACAAUGAUGCCCAUGUGGAGUUGGACCUCUCCCGAUGUAAAAGUACUGUUGGACUCUUCACCGACAACUGCUUUAUUCUUGUCGAAGGUGUCUAUGGAGAUGAUCACAUAUUUCACGUUGAUGAACUUGGAUUACCACCGCCUGAGAGCCGCCAGAAAACCACGUCAGUCUUUGGUCAUAUCGAUUUUUUAGGCCUACCACCAUUGAAUAUAGAAGAGAGUGUCUUAUUGAGAGAAGAGAAAAUGAACACAAAUAUUUCAUUUGUGAUAAUAUCGGACUUAUGGUUGGAUCAGCCUAAGAUCUUGCGAGCGUUUCGACAAGUUCUUGAGGGUUACUCUCGAACGAUCGUACCAUUAGCAUUUAUACUUUCGGGUAACUUUGUCAGCCAGCCACUGAUGUUCUCUGGAACAGAAUCGACAAAAUACAGAGAAUCGUUUAAUCUGCUGGCAGAUACGAUUGCCGAGUUUCCCAACUUAGCCUCUCAUUCUUAUUUCAUAUUCGUUCCUGGUGCAAAUGACCCCUGGGCAGGUAAUACCUUACCACGUCCGCCUGUACCAGAUUUUUUUACGGCACGGUUAAGGCAGAAGGUCAAGCGAGCAAUCUUUACUUCUAACCCAGCAAGGAUAAAGUACUGUACGCAGGAAAUAGUAGUGUUUCGCGAAGAUCUGUUGAAUCGGCUGCGUCGAAACACGUUGAUACAAGGAGAUAAUCCGCAAGACGACAGGGAUUUGACCAAACCGCUCAUUCGCACGAUUGUUGAUCAAGCACAUCUUUGUCCACUGCCACUCUCAAUUCGUCCAAUUUAUUGUGCAUAUGACCAUGCCCUUCGAUUAUACCCAAUGCCGGAUGUGCUUAUACUUGCAGACCGAUGUGAUAAUUACUCAACCAAUUAUGAGGGGUGCCACUGCAUCAAUCCCGGCAGCUUUCCGAACUCAGACUUGAAUUGGACAACCUAUUACCCAGCCAUUCGAGAUUCCGAAAGAUGUGCUCUGCCGUCAACGUGAUUUAGUUUCUAUAAUGAUGCAUUACUACAUAACCUCGAAUCGAAAUGCAAGUUGAUAGAUAUUGUAUCUUCGAAAAUAAAAACCGACCACCUUAGACCAAACUUUCAC